GUAUUCACCAUUAUCAGAUGUUUUUUGUAUACAACUCUUGUUACACCGAGAAGUGAACAAUAUAUUAAACUUGAUUAAUUUACAACUAUUAAACUUAAUAAAACUGAAAAUGUUGGAUAAGGUAAAACACAUAAUCCUAGUCUUAUCAGGAAAAGGUGGUGUUGGAAAAUCAACUGUUAGCACUCAAUUUGCACUAACAUUAACAGAAUUUGGAUACAAGGUCGGUUUGCUAGAUAUUGAUCUAUGCGGUCCUAGUGUGCCUUAUCUGUUAGGACUAGAAAACCACGACGUUCAUCAGUGUGACGAAGGAUGGGUUCCCGUUUAUACCCGUGCAGAUAAGAGGCUGGCCGUUAUGUCGAUCGGGUUUUUGUUGAAAAACCGAACCGAUGCGGUUAUCUGGCGAGGACCGAAGAAAACAGCAAUGAUCAAGCAAUUUUUGGAAGAUGUAGCUUGGGAUGAGUUAGACUAUCUUAUAAUUGAUACCCCACCAGGAACCUCCGAUGAACACAUUACGGUGAUGGAAUGUUUAAAAACAGUCAAUACUGAUGGAGCGAUAAUCGUCACGACACCACAAGAAAUGGCACUUGAAGAUGUACGGAAAGAAGUUACCUUCUGCAAGAAGACGGGUAUCCGGAUCAUUGGAAUUGUGGAAAAUAUGAGCGGAUUCGUGUGCCCCAAUUGUGCUGAAUGCACUAAUAUCUUUUCUUCAGGGGGUGGAGUAUCGUUGGCCGAAUUAGCAAAAGUCCCCCACCUGGGUACAUUGCCGAUUGAUCCUCGUGUUGGUGAAUUAGGCGGCUCUGGUAAAGCAUGUGUUAAAGAAUUUCCAGAAUGCACCACAUCCUCGGUUUUAGGUAACAUUGUUAAGAGUAUAACAACAGAAGAAUAAUAUACUUCAAAAUUAUUGUGA